UUUCAAUGACUUCGCCGCUGACACAGGCGUUAGCUCCCCGGGUCACCCUCGGCUACGGUUACACUAAAAUGGGCUACCUGAAACAAAUUGACAUCGAAAACUUCAAGUCUUGGCGAGGGAAGCAAGUUAUCGGUCCCUUCAUGCGAUUUAAUUGUAUAAUCGGCACGAAUGGUUCAGGUAAGUGAACUUCUUUCUUUUUUUUUUUUUUUUUUGCCGUCAACUUAUCCAGCUCUCUAGCCAUCAAGGAGAGCAGAGAGAUGGCCUCCACAGCACACAUCCACGCACCUAGUUCUGUAUCGGCUUCAGUGUUUGUUCAAAUCUGUGUUAACCGCUGGUCAUUGUACUUUUCAGGCGACUCCUCGGAGUAUCGGAUCAAUGGCGUACAUGUUACUCUAGCCAAAUACUUGGAGGAGCUUGAGAAGAUUGGCAUUGUGACCAAAGCUCGAAACUGUCUGGUGUUCCAGGGGGCAGUGGAGUCCAUAGCUUUGAAGGACCCAAAAGAGAGGACCAGGAUGUUCGAGUUCAUCAGCCAGUCGAGAGAGUAUGCUGCAGAGUACGAUAAGAAGAAAGAGGCGCUGCUGAAGGCCAAGGAGGACACACAGUUUCACUUCAACAAGAAGAAGUCUGCCACUGUUGAGAGGAAGCACGUGUCCCAGGAAAAAAUGGAGGCCCAGAGGUACCAGGCAAUGGUAGAUGACCUUCACCAAAACCGCCUGCAGCUGAGCCUGGCUGAGCUCUACCAUAAUGAGAAGGGCAUCAGCGCUGUCAGCGACAACCUGAGGGAGAAACAGCAGGCUGCAGCUGCACAGAACAGAGACGUGGUGGACUGGGAGCAGACGGUCAAAACCCACAAGAAGGAACACGGACGUCUCACUAGAGAGCAGCAGCACAUUGAGAAGGAGAUCCGCGCCCAGGAGCAUAUCCUGUCCCAGUCUCGGUCCCAGUACAUCAAAGCCAAGGUAAACACCUCCCAUCACAUGAAGAAGGCCGAGGAGGUCCGUGAUGCCCUGAAGAAGAGUCAGAAGCUGCUGACCCUUAAAAAACAGGAGCUGGCAGAGGGUCGGCAGGAGAUCGCUGAACUGGAGAGGACCUGGAGGAAUUACGAGAUGCAGGUCCAGCAGCAGGGAGCCUCCCGUGGGAGGGACAUCGAGCUGGGAGAGGACCAGUUACAGCGAUACAAGGAGCUGAAAGAGCUGGCCCGAAAGCAGGGGGCUGUCCUCAGCCAGCAGGCAGAGAAACUGCACUGGGAGGUGAGAGCGGACUACGAAAAGUUGGCUUUCGACCAGCGCAGAAAGAAGGAAGUGGAGGCUGGCAUCAGGAACAACCAGAAUCAGCUGGAGGAUUUAACACGUAGAGCAGAGAAGCUGGAGGAAUACACCAAGACCUGCAAGUCGUCCCUUGAGGAGUACCGCCAGCAGGAGGAGAGCCUGAGUGCAGAGCUGCAGCGGGGCCGCCAGCGCAGCGAGGAGGUGAACCAGGAGCUGGCGCAGGUGCUGGACGAGCUGGGGAACGCCCGCCUGGAAAGCCAGGAGAGCAGACGCCAGCUGCAGCGCAAAGAGCUGCUGGAGAGGCUUCGCAGACUCUACCCCGAAACUUUGUAUGGUCGACUCUCUGACUUGUGCAGUCCCAUCCAUAAGAAGUACCAGCUGGCUGUCACCAAGGUGUUUGGCCGCUACAUGAACGCCAUUGUGGUGGCUUCGGAGAAAGUGGCCCGUGACUCUAUCUGUUUCAUUAAGGAGGAGCGAGCUGAACCUGAAACAUUCCUGCCCAUCGACUACUUGGAUGUGAGUCCUCUGAAUGAGCGACUGAGGCAGGUGCCGGGUGCCAAGAUGAUGGUGGAUGUUGUUCAGGUUAACGCUGCCACAGGCGCCAACCAGCUGAGGAAAGUGGUGCAGUUUGUCUGUGGCAACGCCGUGGUGUGUGAGACAAUCAAAGAAGCUCGGAGUGUGGCCUUUGACGGGCAGGAGCGCAUUAAGACCGUGAGCUUGGAUGGGACGCUGUUUGCAAAGUCAGGUGUGAUCUCUGGAGGCUCCAGUGAUCUGCGGACUAAAGCCCGCCGCUGGGACGAGAGGGAGAUGACACGGCUGAGGGACCGCAAGGACCAGCUGACAGCUGAGCUGCGCGAUCUGAUGAGGCUGAAGCGGAAGGAGUCAGACCUGAAGCAGAUCAUUGCUCUGGCUCAGGGUGCUCACACCCGCCUCAAAUACUCCAAAACAGAGCUGGAAAACCUUCGGAAAAAAACCAUCCUCAAAUGCCAAGCGGACAUUUCUCGUAUGGAGAGUGAAUUAGCAAACCUGGACUCUCAGAUCCAGAUGCAGCAGGAAAGUGUGGAGGCAAAGGAUGCAGAGAUGAGGAAGAUCAGAGACAGGAUCAACCAGAUGGAGGACUUGGUGUUUUCUGACUUCUGUGCUGAGAUCGGUGUGGACAGCAUCCGAGAGUAUGAGCAGGAGCACCUGAAACAGCAGACAGAGCUUGACAAGAAACGGCUGGAGUUUGAGAGUCAGCUUGGUCGCCUGAAUGCACAGCUUGAGUUCACACUUGACCAACUGGAGCAGCAGAAGAAGAAGCUCCACAAAAUGGAGGAGACCAUCGACAGCGAGGAGAGAAAAAUGGCAGAGCAGAGGAGGGAUGAGGAGAAGCUGCUGGUGGCCGUGGAGGAAGUUCAGAACAAACUGCUGGAGCUGAAGAACCGGCUGCUGUCUAAGAAGAGCCAAGUGGUCACUGCCAAAGCUGAGCUGGACCAGAAAACCCAGCACCUUCAAGAGUUCAGCAAAGAGUCGUUGAAGCUUCAGCGGGAGGUGAUGUCUGCAGAGACAGCUCUGGAGCAGAAACGCCUGGCCAGACAUAACUUACUGCUGGCUUGCAAGAUCCAGAGUCUGCCCAUCACUCUGCUGUCAGGGAGCCUGAAUGAAAUCAGUGAGGUGCAGCUGGACACAGAAUCUGAAAGCACUUCAGCCACCAUGGACAUCUACGAGAGAGAGGCACAGCUAGUCAUCGAUUACUCUGAACUGGAGGCAGAGUUCAGGGGUCUGCAGGCGGAGGGGGAGGUGGAGGCUUGCCUAGAGAAGCUGAAGGAGUCAGUGUCCUCCAUAGAGGCGGUGCUGCAUCGCACCACUGCCCCCAACCUGAAAGCUCUGGAGAGGAUGAGGGAGGUGAAGGACAAGUUACAGGGAGUGACAGAAGCCUUUGACACCAGCACCAGAGUAGCCAGAAAGUGCAGCCAGGAGUUCGAGCAAGUCAAAGCGCAGCGCUUCCACCUCUUCAGCCGGUGCUUUGAGCAUGUGUCCGUCGUAAUCGAUCAGAUCUAUAAAAAAAUUUGCAGGAACAGCAGUGCUCAGGCCAUUCUGAGUGCAGACAAUCCAGAUGAGCCGUACCUCGGAGGCAUCAACUACAACUGCGUGGCGCCGGGGAAACGCUUCAUGUCCAUGGACAAUCUGUCUGGUGGAGAAAAGGCCAUCGCUGCUCUGGCCCUGGUGUUCGCCAUCCACAGCUUCCGCCCUGCUCCUUUCUUCAUCUUGGAUGAAGUGGAUGCCGCCUUGGACAACACCAACAUCGGCAAGGUGACCAGUUUCAUCAGGGAGGAGUCCAGAGAGAACAUGCAGAUCAUUGUCAUCUCCCUGAAGGAGGAGUUUUUCUCCAAGGCAGACGCUUUGCUGGGAGUCUACUCAGACUUUGAAGAAUGCAUGUUCAGCCGCAUUCUGACCCUGGACAUGCGACCCUACCCUCUGGUUGAAGACGACGGUGGGAAACAGACCGGCGCGGAGGACAGAGUGGACGAGAGACGGGAUUCGCAUAGCCUCGAGUCACCUGCAUGAAGCUCUCAUUUUGUGUUUCCAUUGCCUUUAUUUUCAUUGACCGUAUCAGUUCUCAGUGUUCUCAGGUUUUGACUAGAUGUAAAGGCAAAGUAGUUAACACCAAAUAAUGACUUUUAUGUUCAAUUUUUAGGCUGUUUUACUACACUGAUUUUAGUAAAUUGAUUUUUGUAGUUCAUUGAAUCGUUUUCCUGUGGUAGCCAUUUAAAGCUCCAGGUAUUUAGUUUUUGAUUGGAUUCCUGAGCCACUUUAUCAGCAGGUUGUGUUUUCAAAUUAACCCACACGAGUAAAUUCUUGCAAAUUUAGUCAGUAACAAGACUGAAGGGGGACAGGGGAAGAAUAAACACACAAAGACAGUCUUAAAUACAGCGGUGCUGCUCCUGCAGACUGCAUAUACAACAGCGUUAAAAGAACGUUUAUGUUAAUGAUUGUUUAUGAUCCAAGAUGUUCCCUGUUAGUCAGAGGGGUUAAAUGUUAGAAAAUAUAUUAUCAACUUGUUUUAGCAUUUGUUACUUGAGUUGUUCUGUAUUUAAGUUAUUCUUUUCAGUGUGACUUGUGUGUCCUGUUCAUAAAUUCCACAGUGUUGACGAAGCUGUGUGUGCGUUUUCUGAUGCGUGUAUUGUUUUCUGGAGGCCUCAGUUGGCCACAAAGGGGCACAAUUACUCUAGAAAGUUGAAAGUUUUAUCCAUUUAAAAGCAUUAGCUCCAUUUUACAGUUGGAGUGUCCAUAUCGGUAGUAGUAG